CCCUCUCCGCGGGAACCAUGAGGGUUGCUGAGUAAAGGCUGUCUUCGCAGCAUUGACUACAACCUGAUUACGUACAUUAACGAACAACAUCAUGUACAGUUUUUGAGGCUGGGUGAUGUAACUUGGCACGGAGCUCAAUGAAGGACGUACAUUUUAUUGUCCAGCUGAAAUGUUUUUUAAAUUCAUAUUUUCACCACCGGGAGACGCUUUUCAGUCAUGGCCAUUCAAACGCAGCCGUGGCUCGUCUGUCGUUCAAUCAAUUUAUGUUUUGACAUUCCCACAAUGCACAGAGACGUCUUCGAGAAAGACGCACACUCAUGCUUUAUCACUCAAUCCUAAACAGUUAUUGUCACUUAUUUAUUAAUGUACUUUUUUCAUCUAACGGUCGAUGAAAAAACAUUGACUUAAGUUAACGUUACUGUUAGUGGUACAGACAAAGUGAGAUGGCAGCUUCGGAACUUUACUCGAAGCAUGCACGUGUGUGGAUCCCAGACCGGGCCGAGGUGUGGCGGCCAGCCGCCAUCCUCAGGGACUACGCGCCCGGAGACGCCACCCUGCGGCUGCAGCUGGAGGACGGCACGGAGUUGGAGCACACGCUCCCUGAGAAGCGUUCCUCUCUGCCCCCCCUGCGGAACCCCGACAUCCUGGUGGGGGAGAACGACCUGACUGCCCUCAGCUACCUGCACGAGCCGGCCGUCCUGCACAACCUCAGGGUGCGCUUCGUGGAGUCAAAAAUGAUCUACACCUACUGCGGCAUUGUGUUGGUGGCCAUCAACCCGUACGAGUCUCUGCCCAUCUAUGGGUCCGACAUCAUCAAUGCCUACAGCGGGCAGAACAUGGGGGACAUGGACCCCCACAUAUUCGCCGUGGCUGAGGAGGCUUACAAACAGAUGGCCAGAGAUGAGAAGAACCAGUCCAUCAUUGUAAGCGGUGAGUCUGGGGCUGGGAAGACGGUCUCGGCCAAAUACGCCAUGAGGUAUUUCGCCACAGUCAGCGGCUCGUCCAGCGAAGCCAACGUAGAGGAGAGAGUGCUGGCGUCCAGCCCCAUCAUGGAGGCCAUUGGGAAUGCCAAGACCACCAGGAAUGACAACAGCAGUCGCUUUGGGAAGUACAUUGAGAUUGGGUUUGAUAGGAAAUACCACAUCAUCGGGGCCAACAUGAGGACGUACCUGCUGGAGAAGUCCAGAGUGGUGUUCCAGGCCAGCGAGGAGCGGAACUAUCAUAUUUUUUAUCAGCUGUGUGCCUCCUGCCAUUCUCCUGAAUUUAAGGACCUGAAAUUAGGCCAGGCAGAUGACUUCCAUUUCACCAACCAGGGGAAAAACCCAGUCAUAGAGGGAGUCGAUGACGAGAGAGACAUGGCUGCAACCAGGAGGGCUUUGACCAUGUUGGGCAUUGCUGAGUCCCAGCAGACGGGUCUGUUCAGGGUUCUGGCAGGAGUCCUUCACCUGGGGAACGUGGAGCUCAAGCAACGGGGAGCUGACAGCAGCACUGUCUGUCCAGAUGAUCCUCACCUCUUGACCUUCUGUGAGCUGAUGGGGGCGCCGCUGAAGGAGAUGUCUCAUUGGUUGUGCCACAGAAAAUUAAAGACGGCCGCAGAGACGUACAACAAGCCCGUGCCCAGAGUGCAGGCCGUGAACGCCCGCAACGCCCUGGCGAAACACGUCUACGCCCGCCUCUUUGGCUGGAUCGUGGCCCGCAUCAACGCAGCGCUGCAGACCGUGGGCACGCAGCACGCCUUCAUCGGGGUUUUGGACAUCUACGGGUUUGAAACGUUUGAGGUCAACAGCUUUGAGCAGUUCUGCAUCAAUUAUGCCAAUGAGAAACUCCAACAGCAGUAUAAUUUGCAUGUGUUUAAGCUGGAGCAGGAGGAGUACAUGAGGGAGGACAUCCCAUGGACGCUGAUUGAUUUCCAUGACAACCAGCCCUGUAUCAGCUUGAUCGAGGCCAAGAUGGGCGUCCUGGAUCUGCUGGAUGAAGAAUGCAGAAUGCCCAAGGGCUCUGAUGACUCGUGGGCCCAGAAGCUGUACAGCGCCCACAUGAAGAGCAGCAUUCAUUUCCAGAAGCCACGGAUGUCUAACAGCGCCUUCAUCAUCCUGCACUUCGCCGACAAGGUGGAGUACCAGUGUGAUGGAUUCCUGGAGAAGAACAAAGACACAGUGAAUGCGGAGCAGAUCAGUGUUCUGAGGUCCAGUAAGUUUGAGCUGCUGGUGGAGCUUCUUGAAGAGGAGUGUGUGUCAGCAGCUAGAGACGGACCUGUUCACACUCGCCGCAGCACCACCAGACUCACACACACCCAGAAGAGUGUUGGUCUGCAGUUCCGGAACUCUUUGCAUUCACUGAUGGAGACUCUGAACGAUACAGCUGCCCACUAUGUGCGCUGUAUCAAACCCAAUGACCACAAAGCAGCCUUCACCCUGGACUCAGAGCGGGCGGUGCAGCAACUCCGAGCGUGUGGAGUCCUGGAGACGAUCCGCAUCUCAGCGGCUGGAUUCCCCUCCAGGUGGACAUACCAGGAGUUCUUCUCGCGGUAUCGUGUUCUCAUGAAACAGGCAGACGUUCUCCCCGAUCGGAAACUAGCUUGCAGGAAGGUUCUUCCACAGCUGGUUCAGGAUGAGGACAAAUAUCAGUUUGGCAAGUCCAAGAUCUUCUUCCGGGCGGGCCAGGUGGCGUACCUGGAGAAGCUGCGAUCUCAUAGGCUGCGGGCUGCCUGUGUACGUAUCCAGAAGACCAUUCGCUGCUGGCUGGCCCGCAGGAAGUACCUGCGCAUGCGGGGGGCCGCCAUCACCAUCCAGAGACACGUCAGGGGGCACCAGGCGCGCCGCUUGGCGCUGUCCCUGCGUCGCUCCAGAGCGGCAGUGGUCAUCCAGAAGUACCAGCGCAGGUGGGCAGCGCGGAAGAGGUACCAUCAACAGCGGGCAGCCGCCCUGCAGCUCCAGCGCCUCUACAGGAGCUACGUUGCCAGGCAGGAGUACCAGCGGCUGGUGUACGAGCGGCAGGUGCGCGUGCUGCAGCGCUGGGUGAAGGGGUGGCGUGCGCGGGUGCGUUACCGGCGUGUGCGCGCGGCCGUUGUCCUGCUGCAGAGCUGCGUGCGGCGCAUGCUGGCCCGACGGGAGCUGAAGAGGCUACGGGUCGAGGCCCGCUCUGUGGAACACUUCAAGAAUCUCAACGUCGGCAUGGAGAACAAGAUCAUGCAGCUCCAGCGCAGGAUCGAUGAGCAGCACAAAGAGAACCGUGUGCUCGGGGAGCGACUGAACACGCUUGAAGCCAGCCACGCCUCCGAGCGAGAGCACUUGAUUGGACAGCUGGAGCGGCUGAAGGGGGUGGAGGAGGAGAGCAGAAGCCACCGGAAGCGUGUGAGCUCUCUGGAGGCGGAGCUAGAGGCCAGCAGGCAGGAGCUGGAGCGCCGCUCGCUGGAGCGUCAGGAGGAGCAGCAGGAGGCUCGAGCAGAAAGGGCCGCCAUGGAACAGCGAGUUGCUGAGCUGAACAAGCAGAAUGUCCUCCUGAAGAGUGAGAAGGAAGCGCUCAACAGACAGAUCCUGGAACAGGAAAGGAACGCAGAGGAGCUGGACAAAGCUCAUGAAGAGGACACUCGGCAGCUGCAGUCGGACCUGAACGAGGAGCGCAGUCGCUAUCAGAACCUUCUCUCAGAACAACACAAGCUAGAGGAGCGCCACAGCAAUCUGAAGGAGGAGAGUUCAGCCAAAGCGUCUCACCAGAAAAAGGAGUCCGCCUGCAGCCUGGCGACAUCUGAAAGCACCAGCACCCUCAGCUCGGGCUUUGGAGAGGGAGAGGAAGGACGGGGCAGACAGGACGGGAGCUCCACUGGUCGGGACAUGUCUUUGCUGCUCACGCUGCAGAGGAAAGUGGCAGAGCUGGAGAGAGACAAACACACCCUGCAGAAUGAGCUGGACUCCAGAGAUGAGCAGCUUCACACCAGCAGAACCAAGGAAGAAGAGGAAUUUAAGAAGACCCUGCUGUCAGAGCUGGACCAGGAGGCCCUGAAGCGUCAGGAGCUGGAGUCUGCGAACAGGAAGCUGAAGCGGGACCUGAGUGAGCUCCGGGAGGCUCUCAGCCAAUCAGCUGGCUCCGGCACGGCAGUCCCGGGAUCCCCGGCCUAUAACGUGCUGCUGGAGCAGCUCCGCUCAUCCAAUGAGGAACUGGAUCUGCGCAAGGAGGAGGUGCUGAUUCUUCACUCCCAGCUUGUUGGUCUGGAAGCCCCAAAAAAUAAGCAGGAGGCAGACGGGGACUCUGCCAACAGCAGCAGAUCCCCGACCUUUGACUUCAGUGAGCUGAAUGAGGAUGGGGAGCUGUGGAUGGCCAAUGAGGGUCUGAAGGAGGCCAACAGGUUGCUGUUGUCUCAGCUGCAGUCUAUGACUCCGGGGAGUGCUGAGGAGGUUGCAAGUCUGCGGGUUGACCUGCAGAGGGCGCUGGAGGAGAAAGACCUUCAGCAGGAGCUCCUGAAACAGAGUCUCCAGCUCCCCCAGGACGCACGCAUCGCAGCCAGCCUUCAGCAGGAGAUCAGCAGACUAACCACAAACAACCUGGAGCUAAUGGAGCAGGCGGAGAAACAAGACAAGGUGUUCCGUAAGAUGAAGAAGCAGAUGAAGAUCUACAUGAAGAGAGCUGGAGACGUAGAGUUGGAGGGCUCUGUGGAUGGGCUUCCCAAUGCUUCUCUUCCCCGUAAGGAGCAUGACUGCAGUGGCAUGCUGGUCUGCAGGAAGGAGGACGAAAGCAAACUACUGAAGAUCAUCAUCACAGACCUGCGUCCUCGCGGCGUGGCUGUCAGCAUGAUCCCUGACCUGCCCGCCUACAUCCUCUUCAUGUGCCUCCGACACGCUGACUUCGCCAAUGACGACCAGCGCGCCAGCAAACUACUCAACUCUACCAUCAACAGCAUCAAAGGAGUCGUGAAGAGAAAAGGAAACAACUUUGAGAACGUGUCGUUCUGGCUGGCUAACACGUGUCGCCUCCUGCACUGCCUGGAGCAGUACAGCGGAGAGGAGGUUUAUGCCAAGUACAACACCCCUCAGCAGAAGGAGCACUGUCUGGUGAACUUUGACCUGGCGGACUACCGGCAAUUACUGCGUGUCCUGGCCAUUCAGAUCUACCAGCAGCUCAUCAGAUGUGUGGAGGACACCCUGCAGCCCAUGAUCGUGCCGGGGAUGCUGGAGCAGGACUCGAUCUCGGGUGUGCUUGGUGUGAAGGGGACGGGCGUGCGGAAGCGGACGUGCAGCGUGACUGAGGAGAGCGGCGGUGGCGUGUCGCUGGAGUCAAUCCUGCGGCAGCUGAGCUGCUUCCAAGCGUUGCUGCUGCAGCACGGCACGCCGCCCGAGCUGCUCCACCUCGUCGUCAGGCAGCAGUUCUACUUCAUCUGUGCCGCCACACUCAACAACCUGCUGCUGCGCAAGGACAUGUGCUCCUGGAGCAAAGGCCUGCAGAUCAGGUAUAACGUGUGUCAGUUGGAGGACUGGCUGCAGGAUAACGGUCUGAGCUGCGGGGCCAGAGAGAUGCUGGAGCCUCUGAUCCAGGCUGCCCAGCUGCUGCAGAUCAAGAAGAAAUCACAGGAGGAUGCCGAGGCCAUCGCCUCUAUGUGCACUGCUCUUACUGCUGUACAGAUUGUCAAAAUUCUCAACCUGUAUACUCCUAUGAAUGAGUUUGAGCAGAGAGUCACCUCUUCUUUUAUAAAGGCCAUUGAGGCUUGUCUGAAGAACCGUAAGGAGUCUUCUCAGCUCCUCAUGGACACCAAGAACAUCUUCCCCGUCACCUUCCCCUUUAUACCCUCCCCUGUUGCCCUGGAAACCAUUCAGAUUCCCAGCAGCCUCAGCCUGGGCUUCCUCACACGAGUGUGAAGACACACACAAUCGACAUACAUACACACUUAUAUAUAUAUACACACACUUACACACCAUCUAUGGGCCAUAUCAGGUGUAUAUUCAGUAAAUCUGAAUCUAUUCAGUGGUUUAUCAGCAUUCAGGGUUACGUCACAGGUGUGUGUUUUUAAAACUGUGCAGAUACGUGUGUACAGGUGUGUUGAGAUGCUUGGAGUGUGUGGAGU